GCGUGCGCCGCGAGGCGGAAGCCGAGGGCGAGGCGCUGAUGGGUGGCCCGAUGCAGAUGGGCACCGCCCAGCACGCCGGCCCAAGCAGCCCUUUGCCCAGCGAGCCGCAGACAGGCGUGCGCCACGAGGUGGAAGCUGAGCCUGAGGCGCUGGUGGGCGGCCCGAUGCAGAUUGGCACCGCAGCUCCUUCUGCGGACACGGCGACCGUGAUCAUUCCUGAGCGUGUGCCAGAUUUGCAAGUAGCUGAUGAAAUCGUUAUUCCAGACGGUGGAAACCUUCGCUUCCCUGUCAACCAGGAGGAUUUGUUGAAGGCGCAAAAGGUCGUCGACCGAGUCCAUUCUGGCACCAGUUUGGCCACUGCCCUCUUGGAUGUGGGUGAGGCUAGGAAGCCUGCGCCCAGGUACCCUGGAACGGCAUCCCGGAACUUGGUCGUUUUGUCCAACUUUGAGCUCGAUGAUGUGGCUGCAAUCUCACAGAUCUUGGAAUGGAAGAUCCAGCUUGGGGAGUUGGAUCGCGAACCAAUCGUCAUGUUCUGUGCGGAUUUUGUGAAAAAAGACCUAGGCACAAUAUUCGAGAAGAAGCAAUUAGUGGCAGCGCAAAUGCUGGGGAUGAUGGAUAUUCCAGUCCUCACGUGCGAAGGGGGCUGCGGUGAGAUCACCAUACGCAAUGAACCUAUUUAA